AUGAAUGAUAUGCGGGGCUUCAGGGAGAUGUUACGGGUGACUGUAGUAGAUGAUUUCUACGAGUUACUGUCCCUGGUUGAGCCUUUCAUUACGAAAACAAACACAGUCAUGAGGAGGAGCAUUAGUGCCAGAGACAGAUUGUCAGUGACAUUGAGGUUUCUGGCCACAGGAGAGUCCUUUAAGUCACUUGGCUUUCAGUUUCGGAUGGGAAGCACGACUGUUGGUCGAAUUGUAGAAGGAACAUGUGACGCUCUACACCGCACUAUGAAGAAGGAUUAUUUGAAGACACCAACUUCUGAAGACGAGUGGAGGAAAAUUGCUGAGGGGUUUGACCUGAAGUGGCAAUUCCCUAAUUGCCUUGGCGCAAUAGAUGGAAAACACAUCUUUAUUCAGCCCCCAGCCAACAGCGGCAGCACAUUCUACAACUACAAGUCAAGGUUUUCCAUCCUGUUGAUGGCUGUAGUGGAUUCAAACUACAAAUUUAUUUACACAAAUGUGGGAGUUCAAGGCAGAGUUUCAGAUGCAGGUUUGUUUGCGCAGUCUGAUUUGCGAGCUGCCUUAGAUGAAAGAAAAUUAAAUCUUCCUGCUGCUGAGGCUCUACCCAACACCAACAUCAUCAUGCCAUAUGCUUUUGUGGGAGAUGAAGCUUACCCUCUGAGGAAUGACCUGCUGAAGCCGUACCCACACAGACGACUACAGCCAGAACAACGCAUUUUCAAUUAUAGGCUAUCACGUGAGAGACGUGUUGUGGAAAAUGCUUUCGGAAUUCUUGCUAACCGACUCAGGGUGUUCCGCACAACCAUCUGCCUUGAUCCUGACAAAGCAGUGACAAUCACCUUGGCAGCACUGUGCCUUCACAAUUUCUUGUGCAACAAGCAAUCAGAUGCCUACCUUCCACCUGGCCUGACUGACUGGGUGGACGAGAACCAUCAGCUACACGAUGGGGCAUGGAGACAAGAGAGAACCCUGCAGUCUGUGAGAUUGGAAGGAGCAAAAAAUCCAACAAUAGCUGCCAAAGAGCAACGUGACUGUCUUAAAGGUUACUUUGUUUCCCCAGCUGGCUGUGUACCAUGGCAAGACCAGUAUGUCUAAUGGAUAAACUGAAAACACUUCACUGUCAAAUAUUUGUUUUUAUUUUAUUUUUUGUUAGC